AGCCAUUUUGGCUCAAGUCCGUCCCCUCCGUGGGAUCUCGGACUUGGGCCGAAAUGGGUUGCUGUCUCGCCCAAGGCCUCCUGGCCAAGCGCAGCGCCGCCCGCCGCCGUCGGCCGCGUCUCCAUAUGUCCAUGCUCGCGCACGCUCGGGUGAUCCCGAUCGGCCUGGCGAUGCUGCAGCUGCUCGCGCUGUUCUCGCUGCACAGUGGCCUAGCGGUGAUGCCCCACUGCCGAUCGCAGGCCGCGGCUCAUGCUCGCCAAUGCCGUGCGAUGCAGCUGGGAUUCAGUCGUCGCCCCCUCCGUGUACCUCUUCGGCUUCACGAUCUUCUUCCACCUGCUUGUGCACGUCACUUGCCGACCAAGCUCAUCCCGCUCUACCCGCUGGGCGUCUGCGGCAGCCAUGAGCUCCAAGAGGUUGCAGACUUCAUCCAGCGGCGUCGUGUGCAAGAUGGGCCCCAUGAUGGUGCUGGACCUCUGCGCGCUGCGCUGCCCGUCCGAGCUGACCUACGUCGCGGAGCUGGCCCUCUGCCACCACCCGCACGUCAAGAACACCGCGCUGCUGACCCCGACGCCGAUGGUGUCGCUGACGCUCUACUGCAUGACUCUCGCCACGUUCCUGGAACCGCCCUUGGCCGUGUUCCCCGUGGCGUUGCCGCGCCUGAAGCUCUUUGCAACGGUGCUGGACCGGUUCCCCAACACGUUCCUCUUCAUGGAGCUGGGCCUCUUCCUCGGUGUCGCGCUGGCGCUCCUGAACCUGCUCUGCAUCCCACUGCCGCCGGUGGUGCUCAUCCUCGUGACGCUGGUGAUGCUCCCGAUGCUCGUCGGCCCGUCGUGCAUGCCGCUGCCGCUGGUAGCGCUUAACCUCGUGAUGUUCCUGUUUCGCGAGCCGCCGCUGCUGGUGGUGCCCGACCUCGUGCUGCUGGCGAUGUCCGCGCUGCUCUCCGUCCGCUUGUCCGCGAAUGGCAUCGAGCUGCACGGCGCAAGACGCUACUCCAGAAUAGGCCGCUCAUACGCUGCUUCGACGCGUGGCUCGACCUUGUGGAGUGCGACCUGGCAGUAGAGGACACUGCUGCCCGUGAUGAUGCCGCCGCGGGUGGCGACCCAGUCUG